AUGGGGGCAACCCCUUCGUCCCCUCCUUAUGCCCCCUCUCUCCCCCCAUUUCCUCAUCCCCCAUCACCCGUCUCAACCCUUACAGUGCCGGCACGGGCAUACGGCCCCAUAAGCCAAUCACAACUACUUGGCCGGCUGGGCAUCAACUUUCGAGUGGAGGCGGUGCUGCGAGUGGCGUCGGAGCAGCAGGCGGAGGCUCUCAGGGACGGGUACUGGCGGCUCGUGGGCGAUGGGGAACCCCCGUGGCUUGAUGACGAGGAUGAGAGUGCAGGCGUGGAGGGGAAGAUAGUGGAGAGGGAGGGGGAGAUGGGGGUGCGUGGUGGGGGUGAGAGUAAUUCGUCUGGGGAAGGUGGUGGUGGUGGUGGUGGUGGUGGUGGUGGUGGUAGCAGUGGGAGGAGGUCGUUUGAGGGCAUGGGGUCGAGGUACAAGGCUCUUGUGAUUGCGAGUGACAAGUUAGGCGUGCCGGUUGGAUUCGAGUGA